UUCACCGUGUCGCCGAAACUGCCAGGGUUUAAAAGAUUCAUCUGUAAACCCAGGAGAUCCAUCCACUACUCUGUACCAAGAUUUUAUAGUUGAUACAGAUGCAAUUCGCCGGCACCCAGACUCUGUUGAAGACAUGAAAAAUGCAGUUUGGGCUACUUAUUACCACAAUAGUUCCACAGACCAAGAUCCACAGCAUAUGUAUUGCCCACCUGGUGCGGAGAGUUGGUGUGCGUGGCAAAAAGCUGCAUCUGAGGAUACCUUAGAGGAGUUUCAGCAUGAUAAUGUUCCUCUGUGUGAUAAAGUUUUAGAAAUUAUAAAACCAAUUUAUGACAGUUUAUCAUCAGAGGAAUUAUUAACUCGAUGUUUAGGUUCUGAAACUCAAAACAAUAAUGAGUCUCUAAACUCGUUGAUUUGGACUUUCGCGCCGAAACAUAUUCAUUCUGGACCUAAGAUAAUUGAAAUAGCAACAUUUCUCGCUGUUUGCAUUUUUAAUGAAGGUUUUAUUCCAAUUUUAAAAAUGAUGACCCUUAUGGGAAUGAAAAUUGGGCCGAAAGCUCAUUCAUUUGCUGUGAGACGAGACAACGCCCGGAUUGAACGCUCCGAAAUACGUACAUCCAACGCUUCAAAGGAGGCCAGAACUGCUCGAUUGGAAGAGAGAAACGCAGAAAAUAGUUUUUUUGAAGUAGAAGAAGGUCUGAUGUAUGAAGCAGGAAUGGCAGAUUGAAUAAAAAUGACUAGGAGGGUUGAAAUCAUGUCAAAACUCAUCUGCCAAUUUUUUGACGCCCCCCACUUCAUCGGCUGCCAGUUUUUUAAAUUUUUGACUUUUUUUUUUUUUUAUAUUUUUUUAUGUACUCU